AUGGAGUUCCCUUUGUUCACAAACCCCAUGGUUCCGUUCACAACGCGAGUAUGUUUAGCAUGUGCCUUUUCCACAGCUACGGGUUUGGAUGAAAAGGGACUGUUUAGGAUAUCUGAUCAUGAAGAAGAAGAAGAAGAAGAAGAAGAAGAAGAAGAAGAAGAAGAAGAAGAAGAAGAAGAAGAAGAAGAAGAAGAAGAAGAAGAAGAAGAAGAAGAAGAAGAAGAAGAAGAAGAAGAAGAAGAAGAAGAAGAAGACGUACAUUUACAAAUACCACAUGUUUUUGGGCAGCCUUGUUUUACUUCUUCUGUUUUACAUUCUGAUGAAUCGAUCGUCAGUUCUCCACAAGACAAGUAGUUGUCGCGACAUUCUACAACAAAAACAGGAAGAAAUAGUAUCAUACACCGUGUGCAUGCGUUAGCGUUUUGAAGUACUGUUUUAAAUCACUACCUCGUUUUUAAAUUCACAAAAUACUAACUUUACUUCUUAGGUUUCACAAAUAUAUUUUAAAAUUAUUUCCUCUAUCGUAUCUACGAUUCAGUAUAUUGCUUUCUUCCUUAAGAUAAAGUCUCCCGAGUGAAACAAAUUUACUUCUCAAAAAUCUGUAUCUCAUAAUGAAAUGA